AGGAUAACAAGCAUACUUGCCUCUAUGAUCGGACUUUUUGAUUUCUCAGUCGACCCAUUUACUUUCACCUUCUACAAGCGCUAGACCUAGUAGCCACGAAACAAGUUUUCUGACCCCGAGCUAACCCUAUCUUCACCAAGGACAAGAACCGAGAAGAUCAACGUUCAACCAAAACUUUUCUUGUCCUAAAAAAUUCGAGAACUACAUCCACUUCUAGUUCUAAGACCACCAACUCCUCUCUGUCCUACCCAACGAACAACAUCAAGAUGUCGUCGUCCACUCCUGCUUCUGACCUGUCGCUCUAUGGCCUCUUUGCUCGUCUGUCGGAGGUGGCAGCUGACAGCGAAGAUGCCACUGAGCUCAAAACCCUGAUCCAAGGAAAGCUUGCCGCUGACCCUUUAGAACUCACCGGUGCGGAAAGGAAAACCGCCCUCACCUACGUCCAAAAGCUUGUCGCCAAAGCCCGUUCUUCCUCUGAGCCGCAGUUGAAGAUUGACCGGCUGAGUGCCCUGGAGAAAAAAAUCAGUAGCCAAAGUUUGAUCCAGAAGGAGCCAAGGAACGUCCGCAAGCUGGCUUGGGACAUCACGCAGUUGGAAACCCAGUAUGAAGAAGCGAAUGAGACUCUGGAGAAGUGGAGAGCAGGCAAAUACAAGCUAAAGAACGUCGCAGAAGCGGAUAAGUUGGUAUCCACGGAGAGGGAAUUGAGGAAAGACUUGGCGAAAUCAAAAGAGAAAUUGGAGACAAUGCGAAGGGUACCUACUAUGAAUUGCUAUAAAUAUGAUCCUCGAACAUGUACAUGUAUUGAAUCUCAGCACUGUGAGUCUUUCUCUUUGUCUGUUCAUCUACUUCGCCUCAAGAAGAACUAAGUACUAAAUUCUUGCCAUCUACAACUUUGUCUACAGCAUUGACACGACUUUUUAAAUGUUGUCCUUAUGCUACAGACUCGUUCGACCUUCGGUUCUCUCGAUUCUGACGACGACUUUGGGAAGAAGAAGGUGAGCUCCUGGGUCAACGUUUCUGCACCUAUUCGAACAGCAGUCCCCAACCCCGCUGCUUCGUCGUCUAGAUCGAAGACUACAUCUUCUAAUAAGACAAAUCCUGCUAAACACAGCGGUCCUGCUAAGUGGAACGCUACGGAUAUGACGCUGGCGCAGCAACUCCAGAUGCGCAUGGUUGCAGAUCUGAAGGGGAGUGAAGAAGAACCGACAGCUUCAGGUAAAGAAAAUCCUGAAGGAAUAUUAACUAGUAAGACAUCUUCAAAUGGUGCAGCACCCGGCUCUUCAGAAGAUGCAUCUGGGAGUGGAAUGAAGGGUGGACAAAAAGGUAGUGCCGACGAGGAGUUAUUUGCCGAGGAGACAUCUUCACAACCACACGUCAAUGGAGGGGGAAAAAGUGGACCUAACAAGCAGGCUUUCGAUGGCUUCGAACCUGUCAAGAAGAAGCAAGGGAAGAAAGGAGGAGGUGGACCAGGCGGAUUAGCACAACAAGCUCAAGCCGGCAAGAGUCAACAGGAUUCGUCAGACAGUGAUAGCGAUACUGUCGAUCCUCAGGGGGACGGGAAGGCUCAUCAAGAAGAAUCGAAUACCAAGACGAGUGGUGGUAACAACAAAGCAGCAAACAAAAAGCGCAAUAAGAAUAAAGGAGCAAACGCCGGAUCACAACAACAUCAACAAGGUUCAAACAAAAAUACUCAAGAAAAAGAGGAUUGGGCACUACCAAAGCAGAACAAUACUUCUCAGCAGAGUAAGGCGAAUCCGAAUUCUCUUGGCUCGUUGUUUCGUGUUUCCGUAGUAAAAAAUGCUGGAAAAGAACUUUGGAAGCAUGCUGCUUUGGCUAAUUUGCUUGGUUCUACAAGUGAUUCUGCAUCAACCUCCACCUCAUCAACCUCUACAAGCUCUGCUUCUUCUGACGCGCAACAGCAACUCACUGAAUUGCAGAAAAAACUUCAUCGUAAUCCCUGUGGCUUAGGCCCUCCAAGUGCUACCAAGCCCUCUGCCUAUCAGAAACUAUUCACCAAAUUCACUAUUUCGCUGCCGAUUCAACUCAACGAUAAGCCAGCUACUACCUAUACAAGUGCUUCGAGUAAAAAGAACGCCUCAUCACAGCCACAAGUAUUGGUAGACACCAUGUUGGGCCAAAGAAUUCGUCAAAACGCCUUCGAAUUUUACCCGAUCUUUGCCAACAUGGGAUUGCUUUUCAUGAUUUUCAUCUACUACUUCUUAUCUGGAGCCGGCUCUGAGAAUGAUUCGUAUUAUCAUCGCCGCGCUCGCAACAACAGUGCUUCGUCUUCCUCAGCUCCUGUGUGGCCUCCGCUAUGGGCCACGUUGACCUUUCUCAUUGCGGCUGCACAGUCAGUUGUGUGUAUUCCAGAAGCCUUCAAAAUGGCGAAGGGUAAGUGGGGCACUGAUUUGGUGUUGCGUGGAUUACAAUGUACGCAUGCCUUGCUGUGGUGCUUUUUUGCAAUCGGCGUUGUGUCAGUCUUUUCGUUGAGGUGUUACUUCUUCCUAGCAUGCAUCUUUGGAUGCUUAUUGAGCUGUUUGAAGUUUGAAAAGGAGAAGGAUUAGCUGGCUGUAGGAUGAUAGCAGUCUGAUGAAUUAAUCUGAAUACUUUCUUCUAAGAAGCUGAACAACAUCGGGAUCGGGUAGAAUGAGUAAGAAUCUUUUGCUGCUUUCUGUAAGAUGAACAACAAGUAAAAGAAUAGAAGGCCGCUCUGUGUGUUUGUUUUUGUACUUUUGAAGUUCAAGUCCCCAAUCAAGAUGCAGUGAUAUCCAAAAUGGAUUUUUCACUAUCUUCACCGUGCCUGCAAAUCCUGCUGGCUACCCAUCCACGAUACUGUGUAUGAAAGACUAGUCAAUGACUCGAAGUUAGGUGAAACUGGAGUCUGCCAUUAUCCCUCGUGGGUAUUUCACGAAAUAUUGAUGUGAUGAUCCUUACCUGUAUAGCUAUAGUUUUCAGACUGCGACCACAGUACAGACCAGUGUCAACACGAU